AUGGCCUUCCUCCUGAGGGCGAUUGGUUUCACGGAAUCCAUACCAGGAUUCCCCUACACUCCGUGCAGUGGUUCCAGCACCACUACUGCUGACACUCCGACCAUCACAUGGACCAUGCGGCAGGGUGAAUGUGAUGAAAGCAAGCGAUCCGUCACAAUAUUUUCCGUGAAUUUGGCAGAUAUGGAGCCACGGAAAAGGGAGUUAGUACGCCAUGCAAUGAAGAGGGCUAAGAGCUUGCUUCUUCCUGGUAUAUUGCGUUGCUAUGGGGCUGCUGAACACCGAGACACGGUGUAUCUUGCCACCGAGCCUUGUGAACCACUGAGUAAAAUGAAAUGUGGACAAAUGGGGAGUCCCUUAGCCACGUCUGGUGAUGACGAUGAUGAGGGUGAAGCCUUUAAUGACAUUGUUGCAUUGGGGCUGAAGGCCGUUGGAUCCGCCGUGAGUGCACUUCACAAGAAUAAGUUGAUUCACGGAAACGUAGGGCGUGACUCCGUGUUUGUUAUCUCGACCGGCGAGUGGAGGCUCUUUGGUCUUGAGCUUGUUAGCGGUUUUGAUGACGUUGGAAGUUCAUAUCUUUCAUAUUGUUCGUUACUUCCGGCGUACCGCCGUCCGCCAGAAACGCAGCACACGAACUAUGAGAGCGGUGGGAAAACGUGCGCUAUCGAUUCGUGGGGAUUGGCCUGUCUCAUAUACGAAGUUCUGGGAGUGAACGAUCAGACCUCAGGCAAGUUGUCACAGUCUUGUAGUACAGAAGAUCUGCGUAGCUGUCGAACACUUCCACGGACUCUGCAAAGUGGCUUCAGCGGGCUUUGCGCAGUUAAUCCGAAAAUGAGACAUGAUGUAGAUCGAUUCCUGCGAACAAGCGAUUUCAUCAUCUCAAGUGACUACGUCCAAUCUAUGCAAAUGCUAGAUGACUAUUCCCUAAAGGAUGCUGCGGAGCGAGAGCGGUUCAUGGAACACCUCGCGAACGUCGUCCACACAUUUCCCAGGGAUGCUUGUAAGCACCUGGUGCUCCAGAAACUUCGGGCUUCCUUUACUUUCGGGAUAUUACCUGGUGUCGUGGAUACGGUGGUGAAGAUAGCGGCUCGGAUGCCGUCACCGGAGGAAUAUGCGACUCAUGUCUCCCCGGUUAUUGUAGCUUUGUUUCGCUCUAAGGAGAGAAUGGUUAGGUUGCGGAUCCUUCAACACGCAGCAGAGCUGCUUCCGCAAAUGCCGCCUGCCGUCGUCGAUGGUGAGGUGUGGAGCGAAUAUGCUUCAGGUUUUGAGAGUCCGAUAGCGGCUAUUCGAGAGCACAGUGCUAGGGCCCUCGUUCCUAUCGCGCCUUUGCUGACGGAAAAAAGGAUCGUAAAUGAUGUUCCAAAGUAUAUUGCCCAGUUGCAGCAGGACUCUGAGGGCCCUAUUCGCACGAAUGCCACCAUCGCCCUUUGUUUGAUUGCUGACACCAUUCCAGCGGAGUAUAGGUCAAAACUGUUCGCCCAAAGGUUUGGUAGGAUGUUGAAGGAUCCUUUUGCUCCCAGCCGUACCGCGGCCCUUCGUUCUUUUCACACAACAUUGAAGCACUUCACCGCGCAAGAUAUCGCAGAGUUGGUGAUUCCAGGUGUUUCCCCGCUUUCCAUGGAUAAAGUGGCAGAGGUGCGAGCAGUGGCCUUGGACGUCAUACAUGCCGCCGUUUCCCGCUUAGAUGCGAACCACAGGGAAAUAUCGUCGAGUACAGCGAAUGAAGGUAAUGUCAUUCCCCCUGCUGGGGUUGUUAACAACAAUACAAACGGGGCCGGAAAUGAGGUAAAGGGCAGUAACGCGGCGUUGGAUACAAAAGGUUGGGGGAGCAGUGGUAGCAGUAGUGUCAUUCAAUUGGAAUCCACCACAAAGGGGGGGAUGGAAAACUCCAUACCAGCAGCGUCGAAAGCGUCCCCAUUCCCACAGAAAGUGUGGGGUUCACAAUCGUCGCCGUCUGUGCGUGAGGACGAUGAGGAGUCUUGGGGGGAAGAAAUACAAAUGAAACCACAGAAACUACGUCUGCAUGGCACUGCAACAAGGAAUGGAACUGGUGCAGUAGUCCCCGAUUCUUUGACCUCAGAUGAUCAUCCGGAGGACAAACGCACGCUGAAGAUAAGAAAGAAGGGCAUUGGCGCCUCUCGCCUGUCGUAG